UAUUUGUUUUAUAAAAAGCGACUUGAUAAAAAUUAUUAUUUAAAAAAAAACUCAAAUGACGAAUCCAAAUAAAUUAUUGAGACGCAGUUUCUUACGGCAAGAGAUCGCAGUAAGAUGGUUAAAUGUUUUGUGAAUAAAGUAUGCAUUACUAAAGAAAUUAAAUAUGAGUUGAAGACAAUUAUUAAAAAUGAGAAAAUCUCAUCAAAAUAUUGCUGCAGUGGAUGCUGCUAGCAAUGCAGACUGCCUUGAGAUUACCAGAAAAUUGUACAGAGGAGUUACGGACGUAGCUAAACGACUUGACGAGCAAAAAGCAUCAGCGUUAACGAUUAAAGACAUAUUUACGCCGUCAGGUGAAAUCUUACGUGGCAAAUUGAAAGAUUAUUGUGAAAGAUUAAUUUUUAAUGAUCCAAUCGGCCAUGCACGAAAAACCGAGGAGCUUUUGUGGCGACGUGCAUUCUACGAUGUCGUGUCUACAGCUAAAAAAUUACGAAAGGGAAAUGUUUGGAAUGAUAUGGAAAAAGCUUUGUUAUCAACGCAUCUAUCAGUUGGUGUGGGAUUUUAUCAUCAUUUAAUCCUGAAGCUUCAAUUAGAGUGCGGGCUUGAUUUGGCAGGCAUUGUUGACUUUGCUUAUCCACAACAGAGACAUGGUCUAUCAGAUCGCGGAGAAAAAAACAUCACACCUAAAUUUAAGUCCGAAGAAGCUCAACAGUGCGUAAUUCGUAUAAUCCAUCGCAGCUUAAUCUGCUUGGGUGACUUAGCACGUUACAAAUUGGAUUUAGAUCCAACUUGGGAUCCAAUGAUAGCCUCUCGAUACUACAAAAUGGCAAUAACAAUAGACCCGAACAUCGGAAUGCCUCACAAUCAAUUAGGAACAGUCGCAGGAAUAAAAAACUACGGGGUCGACGCUGUGUAUCAUUACAUGCGUUGUAUUUUGUGUUCAGAACCAUUCGAAGGCGCCGAAGGUAACCUAAAGCGUAUUAUAUCAUCGCACCUGUUCACUGAAAAAGAAAAAUUACCCUCACAGCGUUGCGCUGCUCGUCUUUUUACUCUGUUGCAAAAGUGGAACAACGGAACACCUGUUAAUACAGAUAAAAUUAAUGAAGAUUGUCAAAACUUGCUGUCUGAUAUCGAGACUUGUAUGACUUCUGACAAGCUCAACACUCAAAAAAAUAAUCUUAAUUCCAACACUCCCGACAAUAAUGACAACUUACCUCGGACAAUUGAAGAGUACUUACAAAAUUGCAAAUCCGAACAACCUUCACCAGAUUUAAGCUUCGAAGUUAUCUUCAAAAUGGUCUCCAUUUGUUUGAUGUCAGUCUCAAAAUUACAAUCGCGAAAUUCUUCACAAGUUCACGGAGUAAUUGCAUUUGUUUUAUCAUUACUCUCACAGCUGAUCCAAGUUGUAAUAGAUAAUUUACAAAAGUCCAUUGUUGAGUCACUGCCGAAUGGAUUGUUGGUCAAAGAAGAACAAAUUUAUGUUGAAGAGAAGCUAAUUGUUGAGUCAGAAAAUUCCGAACAAAUUAAAAAUGACUUGGACGUUAAUGACAACACUAAAAAUCUUGCCAAUGGCCAUUUAAUUAAUGGAAGUGUUAAAGAUAAAAUUAAAGCUAAAGGCAAAGUUAGAAAAAAUUUACUGAGUAAAUUUCGUCGUCGCAAGCGCAUUAAUUCAUCUGACUCGGACAACAGCGACUUGGAAAUUCCGCACUCGGAUGAUUCAAGUGAUGAUUUUAAUUCUGAUAUUUCAGAGACUGAGGAAGAUUGUGUUCAUUCAGACGCUGAUGAUCUGACUGAAGAUGAAGUUGAAGUUGAAGUUGAGGAAAAUGUUGGUUUAGCCAAUGGUGCAACUGUUGAUGUUCCAGAGGUUAAUUCUGUGAAAAAUGAAGAAAUUAUAUCCGAUUUUAAUGAAAUUCCUUCAGAAAAUGGAACCAGCUCGCUAAAUAUAAAUUAUUUGUUUCAAAAAAAACACGUGGAUUUAAAUAACUAUUUUAAGUUAUUAGCAAAAGAAGGAUUGUUUUACUCGAUAAAAAUAUGCUUUGAUUGGCUAAAAAGCAACCCGGAGAUUAUUAAAUCAAUUUGUAAUAGCUUACUGUUGGAACGUAUAGCUACUUUUAUUAAUUUGAUAAAUAUUGACAAAUAUUAUGGGGUUCUUUUUGAAAAAUGGGAGAAAGAUCGCGAGGUUAGUUUAAAGGCUGAUAAAUUGCAGGAGUAUUGCAAAACAGUGCCACUUCCGGAGGAUAUUGAUUUACGCGGGCUAAAUGUUCUGGAAAAUGCUCACAAAGAUAUUAAUUGGCAGAUACUAAGGAAGUUGAUGAUCAGUAAAAAUGAAGAGGUACUUUUGAGAAUUGUCAAGCUGAUUGAUUUUGGAAACUUUCUGAGCAAUGUUGAGGGCUCUGGUUUUAUGUAUAAUGAGGAGGAUAAUUUGUUUGUGGUUGCCCAGGUGGAUAAAGAGAAAAAAAUAGAUUUGGUUAAAAAAGAGGAGGAAGGAACGGAACAGGAAGAACGCGUUAAAAAUGACAAUGAAAUAAAUUCAGAGCACCCUCGUGGAAAGCUAAUGCGUCAUAUGGGCAAACUGUGGUUGAAAGCUGAGGUACGAGCGUUAGAAACUCGGCUGAGGUCUAAAUUAAUGUCUCCGUAUCUGGUUGUCGAUCAUGAAGCUCUUACUAAACACACUCCAACGCUCAAGCGUUUGGUCUACGCUAAAAAAUUCGUCAUUGUUAUUCCUUCAAUUGUUGUUUCGGCGCUGGAUGAAAUGAAACGUACUAGUGGGCGAGCACGUGAAGCAACAAGGUGGUUGGAAAAUCAAUUGCAAAAAGGAUCACGUUUCUUGCGAGCUCAGAGACCACAAGAACGUCUUGCGCUUCCGUUGAUAAAGGGACCGAGACCUAAGGAUAAAGAGGCCUGGCUUUUCUUCCAGAUUAUCGAGUGUUGUCAUUACCUUACUCAGCAAAAUAAAGUCGGUCUUAGUAGCGAUAAUGAAGCGCCUGUUGUUACUUUGUUGACUGGUAUCAGUACCGAGGAGAGAAAAUCAUCUAAUUUUUGUCCAGAUGGUCUAGCAAAAAGUGCAGGUGUUAAUCUUGAACACAUUGAAUCAUUUCACACCAAAUGGAAAACAUCAAGCAAAAGUCACGGUUGAAAAUAGUCGAUCUGAAGAAAUAUGUGUUUCAGCUGCCAUUGAUCUGAUGUCAAUGUAAUAACAUCCACAAUAACUCACGCCCUCGAACAGUACCGUUAAUCCAUGAUGGUUAUUCAAGGGCUUAGAGGGUUGGAAACCCAAGAAAUUGCAUUAAAUAAAAAAAUUAAUUUCAAUAAAAUAUUUUUAAAUUUUAACAUCAUAUCGAGUGAAAAUAGACAUGUACUGUCAUACUAACUGAUUCAAAUAAACUGGUUAUUUCUUUAAAAAAAUAA